CAGAGUCUCAGACAUUCCACUUCUGUCUCUGUGAACAGAAAAAAGGGGGGAAUUCGCUGAGUUCUUUCACUCUCUAGAAACAUGGCGUCGUCUCUUAUGGCUUUCACUGCCAUUUCAUCUCCUCCAGGAUCUCACAAAAGACAGACAACAAUUCCAACUCGAACGAGUUUGUCUCGUCGAUAUUCUUCACAGAAUCGUUUGUGUAGCAUUAGUGUGAGCUGCAGUUAUGCAGGAGCAAACGCAAAAGAGGACUUCACUUCUACUACUAUCGAUGUGGUGGCUGACGUGAGGGCUGAACGAGUAGUUGUGUUGGGAGGCAGUGGUUUUGUCGGUUCUGCUAUAUGUAAGGCUGCCGUUUCGAAAGGGAUUGAGGCCGUAAGCCUAAGCAGGUCUGGGCGGCCUAACAACACAGAGCCAUGGGUCGACCAGGUCACGUGGCUGAUAGGAGAUGUUUUUUAUGCGAAUUGGGACGAAGUACUGGUUGGUGCUACAGCAGUUGUGUCAACUAUUGGAGGUUUUGGAAGUGAUGAGCAAAUGAAAAAGAUAAAUGGUGAGGCGAACGUUUUGGCAGUAGAUGCUGCAAAGGAGUAUGGAAUUCCCAAGUUUGUGCUGAUCUCUGUACAUGACUACAAUCUCCCGCCCUUUCUACUGUCUUCUGGAUACUUCACUGGAAAGAGAAAAGCUGAGUCAGAGGUUCUGUCGAAAUUCCCAAACAACGGUGUUGUACUAAGACCGGGUUUCAUUUAUGGGAAGCGGAAAGUAGAUGGUUUUGAGAUCCCACUUGAUCUAGUAGGGGAACCAUUAGAAAGGUUUCUGAAAGCAGCUGAGAAUUUUACGAAACCUCUGAAUUCUCUCCCGGCGUCCGACCUAUUAUUGGCUCCACCAGUUAGCGUUGACGAUGUUGCUCUAGCAGUGAUAAAUGCAGUAAGAGACGAUGACUUCUUUGGUGUUUUCACAAUCGAACAAAUCAAGAUAGCUGCAUCUAAUGUUAGGGUUUAAUGUCGCUGCUACUGCUUUCGAAUUAUCCAUCAAAAUGUACACCUUUAUCUCAAGGGUUGUGUAAAUUUUUUGACGUGUAUGUAACAUUCAUAUUUAUAUGGCCUGCCUCAAUCUGUUGUUGUACCUCUCUGAAACGCAUUUCAUAUACACAAAAUUGGUUAAAAGACCAAAACCAAUAA